ACAAAUCACAAGCCGAGCAGCGAAGCAUCGGAAAAAGAGGAGACGUGUCAAAGGAGAGUGAUGGAAGCGGAAGGCGGCGCUGGAGUGGCCCUCGAGAAGGCAGCAAGCGGGGCGGGGGCGAAGGAGGAGGUCGCCGGGGCGUCGAGCGCCAGUGUCUCCGUGGGUUCGUCGCAGGACGGCAUCUCGACCAUCAAGCUAGGAUGGUUCUCCGAGAUUAGCCCCAUGUGGCCAGGAGAAGCUCAUUCCUUACAAGUGGAAAAGGUGUUAUUUCAAGGGAAAUCUGAUUACCAAAACGUAAUGGUGUUUCAGAACUCAGCGUAUGGCAAAGUUCUUGUCUUGGAUGGAGUCAUCCAAUGUACAGAGAGGGAUGAGUGUGCUUACCAAGAAAUGAUUACUCAUCUUCCUCUUUGCUCAAUUCCUAACCCUAAAAAGGUUCUGGUUAUUGGAGGAGGUGAUGGUGGUGUCCUCCGAGAAGUAUCACGAUAUUCUUCAGUGGAGCAAAUAGAUAUAUGUGAGAUCGAUAAAAUGGUUAUCGAUGUUUCGAAGCAGUUCUUUCCCAAAAUGGCUGUCGGAUAUGAAGAUCCUCGUGUGAAUCUUCAUGUUGGUGAUGGAGUUGCGUUUUUAAAAGAUGUUCUGGAAGGAACUUACGAUGCAAUCAUUGUCGAUUCCUCCGACCCAAUAGGUCCAGCUCAGGAACUUUUCGAGAAGCCUUUCUUUCAAUUAGUUGCUAAAGCUCUCCGGCCCGGAGGAGUUGUAUGCACUCAGGCCGAGAGCAUAUGGCUUCAUUUGCACAUCAUUGAAGAUAUUGUCUCGAAUUGUCGCCAGAUCUUCAAGGGCUCUGUCAACUACGCUUGGACGUCAGUGCCCACAUAUCCGAGUGGAGUGAUUGGCUUCAUGAUCUGCUCUACCGAAGGGCCGCCUGUCGAUUUCCGACAUCCUGUGUACCACAUAGAAGAGGACCAUUUGAACGAGUCUUUGGGACCAUUAAAGUUCUACAACUCAGAGAUUCAUGCUGCUGCUUUUUGCUUGCCUUCUUUCGCGAAGAGGGUGAUCGACAAUAAAACAAACUAAACAAUCCUAUCUCCCGCGGUGAAGUUGGAGAAUGAUGAGUUUUAUGCCGCAAACAAACCUUCAUUUUCUGUCACUAUUUAUGAUUUAUUAGAACAUGCAUAUGAGAGUUUUUGGCAUUCGGAUUUAUCUAAGAAGCAACAUGCUCCUGAUCAUAUAAGAAGCUUUUUCAAAGUUUCAAGUGAAAUUUUGUUAGUUGAAACAGA